AUGUCCCAACAUUUACCCACUAACCAUGCCAAGCAAAUAAAUACCCGCAGUUCGAAUUGUAGUGUCGGAUUAGUCAAACAAGAUAUUGUUCGCGAAGAACAGAGGAUACCUAGGCGUGCAAAGGGGAUUUUUGAGAUUUGGAGGAAGAUAAAGGGGAGAGGGAGGGGUGCGCAUCGUGCUAUUCUUGUGUUCUUAAUUCUACGUUGGUGUUUGAAAGAAUUGGACGUUGGGUGUUCCAUCUUGCUAUAUGAAGAGAAGCGAAUGAACAAAAAUGAAAAACGAACCCACCCAAAUCCCGCCGCUCAAGUAAUCCUCACCCUCCCUUCUCACCGCCAUCUCGGAAUCGGUAAUUUGAUCCCCUCGUGGGUUAUUCGAAAAGUGGAUGAACUCGGAUUAGAUUGCCAUGUGGAAGGUUCGCGUACAGGUGUUGCUCUAUAUACCGAGCAUGGGUUUGAAAAGAUUCGGAAUGAGGAAGGUACGCCAUAUAAAGAAGAACAUUCGAAGAGCGAGGAGUGGAAAGGGUUUGACGAGGAGCUGGUGGAAGUUUUGACGGUUAUGCGGAGGCCUUGUAGGAAGCUUUGA